ACAACGUUGAUGGAAUCUAAUUAGGGAAUGGAUUAGCCAUUUUCAUUUUUUUUUAUUUUGUUUUUCCAAUUUUUUGGACCAAGUUAAUGCCUCUCCAUUUUUUGCUUUGAGCUAACCGCUCGGUCCCUUCUCUCUGCUACUUUUCUGUACCAGCACUCUACUUCUGAGGACCAUGAUUUUGUCUGCAAGGACGAGUGGGAGAAUCCGGAGACUAUGUACAUCAUCCAUUUCCUCUCCACAACAAUCGUUGGAACAGUGUGUGCGGGGAACCCAUGUCCCGGAUCAUGUGGGUCUCGUUGAAAUGAAAUCUGAGCUCACCAAGUUAAUGAAGUCCGGGAAUUUGCGGGGUGCUCGCAAGGUGUUUGACAAAAUGCCGCACAGAGAUGUAUACUCAUGGACCACCAUGAUUUCGGGUUACGUAAGUGCAAUGAACUCCGACGAAGCCCUGAUUUUGUAUUCCACGAUGCGGGUUGGACCUGAUAUCUCAGUCGAUGCGUUUGUUCUUAGCGUAGCGCUUAAGGCUUGCGGUCUAAGUUUCAACGUCGCAUAUGGAGAAUCCUUACAUGGGUAUUCGGAGAAAAGCGGGCUCGUGAAUUCAGUAUUCGUGGGAAGCGCUAUUUUGGAUAUGUACAAGAGAAUAGGAACGAUCGAUAAGAGUUGCAGAGUGUUCAGUGAAAUGCCCGUUAAAAAUGUCGUAACUUGGACAGCCAUUAUAACGGGGCUUGUCCAUGCCGGUUUUUACAGGGAUGGGUUGAUGUAUUUCUCUAAGAUGUGGAGAUCGAAAGUAUCAUGUGAUACUUACACAUUCGCGAUUGCCUUGAAGGCUUGUGCUGAUUCGGGUCUGUUGAAAUACGGUAAGGAGAUUCAUACUCAUGUGGUAAUCAGAGGUUUCGAUGCAACUUUAUGUGUAGCCAAUUCACUUGGAACUAUGUACAUCAAGUGCGGGGAAAUGCAACAGGGGUUGUAUUUCUUUGAAAGCAUGAACAAUCGCGAUGUUGUUUCAUGGACAAGCGCCAUCUCGGCUUACGUUCAAAUGGGUCAAGAAGAAAAAGCGGUAGACGCGUUCCUACGGAUGAGAAACUCAGGAGUAAGUCCGAAUGAAUUCACUUUUGCUUCUGUGAUUUCUGCCUGUGCUGAUCUGUCGAGACUUGUGCUGGGCGAGCAGUUUCACACUGAUGUUUUGCGUCUUGGUCUGGAAGACUCUUUGUCAGUGGCUAACUCGAUGAUGAAGAUGUAUUCAUCGUGUGGAAAGUUAGAUUCCGCUUCUCUUUUGUUUCAAGGAAUGAGAUGCAGAGACAUUAUUUCGUGGAGCACGAUAAUAGGAGGAUACUGUCAAGCCGGUUUUGGAGAAGAAGCUUUUGCUUACUUCUCAUUAAUGAGACGAGAAGGGCCACAACCAACAGAUUUUGCACUUGCUAGUGUGCUGAGUGUUUCAGGAACCAUGGCAACUCUUGAGAAUGGUAUGCAAUUCCAUGCGCUUGCUCUGAAUCUCGGGUUGGACCAGCGAGCCACAAUUCGAAGUGCGCUGAUGAACAUGUAUUCAAAAUGCGGGAAUAUCACCGAAGCUUUAAAGAUCUUUGAAGAAGCAGAGAGCGACGAUAUCGUCUCGUUGACAGCUAUGAUCAAUGGAUAUGCUGAGCACGGAUAUGGCAAAGAAGCCAUCGAUUUGUUUGAGAAGAGUAUAGCCUUUGGCUUCAGACCCGAUUCUGUAGCAUUCAUCAGUGUUCUCACAGCCUGCAAUCAUUCAGGACAGCUUGACCUCGGUUUUCACUAUUUCAAUUUGAUGAGUGAGAAAUAUAACUUGACACCGACAAAGGAUCACUAUGGAUGCAUGAUCGAUCUGUUAUGCAGAGCAGGACGGCUAAGCGAAGCAGAGGAGUUGAUCCAAGACAUGCCAUGCCAAAAGGAUGAUGUAGUAUGGUCCAUGCUUCUUAGAGCAUGCAUGGCCAAAGGAGAUGUCGAACGUGGAAAACGGGCGACUGAAAAGAUUUUAAAGCUGGACCCUAAUUCAGCAACUGCACAUGUAACCCUAGCCCAUAUAUACUCAAGCAGAGGGAAGUGGAAAGAGGCUGCAGAUAUGUGGAAGAAGAUGAAAUCAAAAGGAGUGAUGAAAGAGCCUGGAUGGUCCUCAAUCAAAAUCAAGGACCAAGUUUCAGCUUUUGUAUCCGGUGAUCGGUUUCAUUUACAAAGUGAGGAUAUACAUGGCAUCUUAGAAUUAGUGGCACCAGGUGCAGAAACUCAUGAAUUAGAUAGAUUGUUGUUUCCAAUGAUUUUUGACAACUAACCAGGAGGCAAUUCAUGUUUCUCCUCAUGUUUCAAAUGCAGCAUUGUAUAAAAGCAGCAGGGGUGACAUUCAUUGUAUUAUAUAUAGCUCAAUUAAUAAGACAAAAAAAGUGAAGA